CCUCCCUCUUUCUUGAAUUUACCUCGCCGAAACCACGAGCUCCUCCUCCCUCCUCCCCUCCUCUACAACGCUACCUCCUUUUCUCCGCCCUUUGAAGAAUCCCCUGCUUGGCUCGGGGUCGUUCACAAUUAGCAGACGCGUCUGCAUCACAGCCCCAAACCUGGGGUCUUGGUCUUGGCUUCCGAGGCGCCGUCCGCAAUCCACUCCGCACUGCUGGAGAAUUUGUUCACCAGGGCUUCCGCGAUUCAAUCUCGACCCUCCACUUCUAAGACAGUUUUCCGCGACCCUCACACCCACCAGACACUCGUUCUCACCAAACACCCUCGACUCGAUCGCCUACGAGUCUCAGCCCACCCCGAUGAACGAAACCACGCCCUCCCCUAGUCCGGCGCCCGUGCCGAAAGCCUCCCCUCGCUCUAAGCCUUCUCCUUCGCCGACCGCUGGCACCAAGCGCAAGAGAACCACCGGAAACAAAUUAUACGCGGUCAAGAAGGGGAACAAGCCAGGGAUUUACUACAGCUGGCCUGACUGCCUGGCUCAGAUCACUGGCUUCAAAGGAGCUAUCUUCCAAUCCUUCCUCACUUUCGAAGAUGCCACCGCCUUCCUAGCUGGCGCCAAAGUCCCGUCCGCCAACGCCUCCGCCAACGGCGGCGAAAAUACACGGUUCUAUGGAGUUCAACGAGGCCGAGUCCCCGGUGUUUACACCGACUGGACGACAGCACAAGAGCAGAUUCGCGGCUUUACGCGACCCCGGUACCGGAAGUUCUCGACGCGUGAAGAGGCAGAAGAAUUCGUGAAUGCAGGGAACGAAGGAGCACUUGCGUCGCUUGGAUUCGGAGCUCCCGGUAUGACCGCGGAGAAUCCCAAGGACGCGAAUGGGGUCGAGUUCGCAGCUGGGGACGGGCCUCUGCCGCAAGGCGCAGAGGACGGGUUCGAUCCAAAUGUGCUGUUAGACCCGGCCACGGGAAAGAUGGUGUACAAGACGGUUGCCAAAAAGGCAGCUACGAAAACACAGGCUGCGGGAAUCCCGAGCAUGUUGCGGAUAUACACAGAUGGGAGCUCACUGCGGAAUGGAACCAAGCUGGCCUCGGCCGGCGUCGGGGUGUACUUUGGACCCGGAGACUCGAGGAACGUCUCGGAGCCACUUAAAGGAAGCCGACAAACCAACCAACGGGCAGAGCUGACCGCCAUUCUGCGAGCCAUUGAUAUCGCGCCUCGUCAUCGUGAUGUGACCAUCUUCACCGACAGCCGAUAUGCGAUUGACUGUGUGACGGUGUGGUUUGUCAAUUGGCGGCGCAAUAAUUGGAUGACCAAAGACAACAAACCGGUCGAGAAUCGUGACUUGGUGGAGUCCAUCUUGGUGAAGAUCGAAGAGCGCAAUGAGCUCAAGGUGAAGACGUUGUUUCAGUGGAUCAAGGGACAUAACCGCGACCCUGGCAACGAGGCGGCCGAUCGCUUAGCGGUCAACGGAGCCCACGAAGGAGUAAGACAAAAGGCAGAGGCAUUGGAAGUCAGUCGCAGGGUGCCUGCAGCGGUAUCUGAGGAUGACUUUUGAAAAAUGUGAACUACGGUAUUCCGUUUCCCAGUGCCCCACGAUGUUCAUGAAAUAGAACCAAGAUUAUUUCCAUGUUUUUGUGAUGAUGCAUGCAAGGAUCUUGUGUAUGCAUAUAAACGCCGA